AUGUCAAUAGUAUUAGGUGAAGAUGAUUGUAUUGUUUGUACUAAAAGUACAUUAAAACAAGCAAGGAUAAAAGCAAGUGGUAAAGUUUAUCAUGAAGGAUGUUUUGUAUGUACAAAUUGUAAAAAUAGCCUAGAGUCCUUUUUUAAUGUACAGGGUAAACUUUAUUGUGAUGAUUGUGAAAGAAAUUUAUUUGCAAAGAAAUGUGUAAAAUGUUCAUUGGCGAUCGAAUCUACUGUAGUUACAGCUAAAGGUAAAACUUUUCAUAAUGAUUGUUUCCGUUGUGGUGGUGUAAGUAUUAUAUUGUAUAUAUUAUUAAAGUAUAAAAUAAAUAAUUAA